AUGGACAUGAAGAUUAAGGUUUGUCUGCUGGUGCUAACAGCUGUAUUGGCUGCGUCUACUGUGGACGCCGGCCACCAUUACCACCAUGGCUACGGAGGCGGUGGUGGUGGCGGCGGUGGAGGUGGCGGAGGUGGACACGGACACGGCCAUUACUACGUGAUUCAUAAACACCACGGAGGCUACGGCGGCGGCGGAGGUGGUGGUGGCGGUGGUGGAGGUGGCGGCGGCUACGGCGGCCACGGCUGGUGGUAG